CAGCGCAGCGCUUAGGAGGCUCACUUUCCCGCAGGGAUCCAGCCCAGAGGGAAGCCAGCCAGUCAGCCAGGCAGGGAAGGAGGGAGGGAGGGAGGCAGCUUUGCAGCAGGAGCCAGGCAUCUCUUUCUCCACCUGCAGAGCCUGAGCAGCCAAGAGCAGCAGAAGGCAAGAGGAGGAGGAGGAGGAAGACCGAGCACUAGAGCCAUGGGAGCCCCGGCCCGUUGGGGGAUGCUGGGAGUGGCAGUGGUGCUGGUGCUGGGGGCCUGGGCCGAAGGGGAGAGCCGGGCCCCGGGGGGCCCCGAGGGGCCCGAGAAGAGCCCCGGGAAUUUCAUGGAGGACGAGCAGUGGCUCUCCUCCAUCUCCCAGUACAGCGGCAAGAUCAAGCACUGGAACCGCUUCCGAGAUGAGGUGGAGGAUGACUACAUCAAGAGCUGGGAGGACAAUCAACCAGUUGAUGAAGGUUUGGACACCACCAAGGAUCCCUGUCAAAAAGUUAAAUGCAGCCGCCACAAGGUGUGCAUUGCCCAGGGCUACCAGCGGGCCAUGUGUAUUAGCCGCAAAAAACUGGAGCACAGAAUCAAGCAGCCAGCCCUGAAAAUCCAUGGAAACAAGGAGAGCUUGUGCAAGCCGUGUCACAUGACCCAGCUCGCAUCUGUUUGUGGCUCCGAUGGACACACUUACAGCUCUGUGUGUAAACUGGAGCAGCAAGCCUGCCUGACCAGCAAGCAGCUGACUGUCAAAUGUGAAGGACCAUGUCCAUGUGCAAGUGAACACAGUCCCACCUCAGCCACAGAUGGCAAACAAGAAACAUGCACUGGACAAGACUUGGCAGACUUGGGGGAUCGCCUGCGUGACUGGUUCCAGCUUUUGCAUGAGAAUGCCAAGCAGAACAACUCUGGAAGCACCGGGACAAAUCCAGUGAAUGUGCUGGAUAAGAGCCUGGUGGCCAGUUGCAAAGACUCCAUUGGCUGGAUGUUUUCCAAGCUGGACACCAACAGUGACCUUUUCCUGGACCAGACUGAGUUAGCAGCUAUCAACCUGGACAAAUAUGAGAUAUGCAUCCGGCCUUUCUUCAAUUCUUGCGACACCUACAAGGACGGGCGUGUCUCCACCGCAGAAUGGUGCUUCUGCUUCUGGAGAGAGAGUGCGUCAACACAAGAGCCUCCCUGUCUUGUCGAGCUGGAGAGGAUUCAGAUCCAGGAAGCAGCAAAAAAGAAACCUGGGACUUUCAUUCCUAGCUGUGAUGAAGAUGGGUACUACCGCAAGAUGCAGUGUGAUUCAAGCAGUGGGGAAUGUUGGUGUGUUGAUCAUCUUGGGACAGAGCUGACAGGAACACGGAUGCAUGGGAAUCCAGACUGUGAUGAUAUUGUUGGAUUCUCAGGAGACUUUGGGAGUGGUGUCGGAUGGGAAGACGAGGAAGAGAAAGAGACUGAGGAAGCUGGCGAGGAAGCCGAAGAGGAGGAGGGAGAAGCAGGAGAGGCAGAUGAUGGAGGCUACAUCUGGUAGAAGCAACUCUAAGAACGCAGUUUGGUCAGGAUGCUGGCUGUAGGGCUGGGAGGCUGUAGUCAAAACUCAAAGGAGAGGAACAGCUUAACAAGAUGAUCAGGAAACACAGCUGAAUGUAACUAACUAUGGCAGAACAUGUCUGAGUGUGAGUGUGUAUGUGUGUGUGUACACAUGUGUGCGUAUGUGCCUGCCUGGAUGAGCCCAUUCUUUUGACAUAUGGCCGUGGGUAUGAUCUGUUUUCUCCCAUCUUAGCAGAGGUCAAUGCUGAAGCAAAGCGAAAUGGGAGAGGGAAAGUACUCAGCAUUGUAGGUUCAUUCAGAUGGUCAUUUGGAAAAUGUAAUUUAAUUUAUGAAUUGUCAGUGACCCAUUUCAGCUCCUUGCUAGAUUCAAGGUAUGUGAAAUACAUUUGCUGCUCCCCAAGUCCCUGCAUAUCUAGCUGUGGCACAUAGCCAUAUCCUGAUACAUAUCUUGAUAUAUAAAUGUAUAUAGACACACACAUCCUGAUGCACGAGAUUGCUUCUGGCAUUUUGCAGUUAUGCUCUGCAAAUAGCCAGAAAAUCAGACAGGUGUCCUUGAAUCUUCGUGACAGCCAAGGAUACAUGACCAGCAGGAUUUGCCUGACAGGCCAAGGAUUAGAAGCAGCCCCUCUUUUUCAACUAAAUGUUACAUAUCAAACAGGGAUAUAUAGCCUACAGCUGGUUAUCUACCAUAUUACUACCAUGUUUCAGCCGCAUAAAGGGACCUGCAAGAUACUGCCUCCCUGAAAUUUUAUGCCAGGUAUCUUGAUGCUGAGUUAAUCACUGACUCACAAUCCUCUCUGAUGGACUUGUCCCUGCUCUAGAAAGCUUCCAAAUUUGUCUCUCUUUUAUUUCUAGUUGUUUUUCAUUUGUUUUGCCAGCUAGAGCUGUGGGAUGAAUGAUUUCCUAGUUGCCUCUGGGUGCCCUGCUAGACACAUGGAGGGGUGAGAAUAUUGUUUAAGAUAAAGAUCAGACGACUAAAGCUAUUGGCUGUGGAGGAUCACUUAGAUGGGCAACCCAAAACAAAACGCAGCCCUGGCUAGCCCUUUAUGGUGCUGGCAUGAUAAAAAGAAAACCAUUGCUCACCAGUGGUGAACCAGCCUUUCCAACAAUUUAUCUCUGAAUAAUCUGAGAUUGGACUGUUUGCUGUACUGUUGGUGGGUUGGUAUGUUUCUAGCUAGUCCCAGUGCUCUCUGCCUUCAUUCUUUCCCAAAGUGAUGGGAUUUUAUGUUUUUCACCUAGAUUGUGUCAAUCCACCACAGUAAAUUUUACAUUUUCUUUUAGGGAGAGAAUUUUCUCACUUCCACUGCAUUCAGAGACACUCAGUGCUUUGUAGAUAUGUAUUCUCACAAGUGUGUAAUGGUCAGUAUUGUGACUCGGUGUGCUUUGCAACCACCCAUGGCCAGAUGUGGCAUAAAGGAAUGGUGUACAUGUGUGUGUGCUUGUAUGCAUGUGUAGAAAGGGGGUAGCCAGUGUGACUUACAUUGAGCAUUCCAAAGCUUGCGCAAAAAUUCUGGGUUAGAGCCAUGUAGGCUUUAUGUUCUUCAGCAUACCCUUAAAAUAUACAAAACUGAGGGUUUUCAAAAUGAGUUAAUCUCCCAGCAAGCUCCACUACAUGCUUGCACAUAACAGAGAAUUUGUGUGUAGCCCACCUGUGAUAAUAAAAUGCACCUUGCUGUGUUGA